AUGAAUCUUGGUGCUCUGUUCCUGUUCCUCCUAAUAGUACACAUUUUCAUUGUUUCAUGUGUAGAUGCAGGCACAGUCGUUUUGUUAAAUUCCAACAUCACUCUGUCUUUCGAAGACAUGGAAGCUUAUUUCUCUCCAUCAGAAGAGGCUACGGUAGAAACCGGAGUCCUUUACGUGGCUGAUCCUCUCGACGCUUGCCAACAAUUGAGGAAUAGACCGAAGCAGAGCACUAAUGGUACGUUCCCGAUCGCGUUGAUCGUGAGAGGAGGAGGCUGCAGUUUUGAGCAGAAAGUCAGAAACGCUCAGGGAACCGGUUUCAAGGCUGCCAUUGUCCAUGACGAUGUGGACCGCGAGUUCUUAUUAUCUAUGGAUGGAGACGAGUAUGGUAUAAACAUUCAAGCGGUCUUUGUGUCGAAAGCAGCAGGAGAAACACUCAAAAAGUACGCUGGCAUGGUGGAUACAAGAGUCAUGCUUGUCCCUAGUUUAGAGGACUCUGGGUGGGCGUCGUUCGUGUGCAUCGCAUUGCUCGUAUCACUGAACAUGUUUCUUAUUCUAACCACUUGUGUCUUCGUCUAUAGGCGUUGCACAUCACGUAGAAACAAUAUAUCCCAGUUCCAUGUGAUGAUCGAUAGGAUGGUGAAAUCACUGCCGAGUGUUAGAUUCACUUCUGUGCAUGGAUACAUCACAACUGCUUUGUCUUGCGCUAUCUGCCUUGAAGAUUACAUUGUUGGGGACAAGCUUAGGGUCUUACCUUGCUGUCACAGUUAA